AUGGCUACUGACGAGUACAUCCUGACGCUGUCGUGCCCCGACAAGCCGGGCAUCGUGCACGCCGUCACGGGCGUCUUCGCGGCCCGCAAAAUCAACAUCCUGGACCUCAAGCAGUUCUCCGACACGGUGUCGCAAAAGUUCUUCAUGCGCGUGCACUUCGGCCCCGCCCCGGCCGCCGAGGCCGACGAGCUCGGCGGCAGCGACUUUGCGAAGCUUGCGGCCGAGUACGGCAUGACGUACGACGUGCGGCCCGUGUCGCGCAAGACAAAGGUGCUCAUCAUGGUGUCCAAGAUCGGCCACUGCCUCAACGACCUGCUGUUCCGCGCCCGCAGCGGCCGCCUCGCCAUCAACGUGGCCCUCAUCGUGUCCAACCACCCGGACUUCGCCGCCCUGGCCGAGAGCUACGGCGUCGAGUUCCGCCACCUGCCCGUCACCAAGGACACCAAGGCCGAGCAGGAGGCCGAGGUCCUGCGCCUGGCCCGCGAGCGCGGCGUCGAGCUCGUCGUGCUCGCGCGCUACAUGCAGGUGCUCAGCCCGACGCUGUGCGAGGCCAUGAGCGGCCGCAUCAUCAACAUCCACCACAGCUUCCUGCCGUCCUUCAAGGGCGCCAGGCCCUACCACCAGGCCCACGACCGCGGCGUCAAGAUCAUCGGCGCCACGGCCCACUUUGUCACGGCCGACCUGGACGAGGGCCCCAUCAUCGAGCAGCGCAUCUCGCGCGUCGACCACAGCAUGGGCCCCAAGCAGCUGGUCGACGAGGGCGCCGCCGUCGAGACCCUGGUCCUCGGCGCCGCCGUCCAGUGGUACGCUGAGCGCAGGGUCUUUCUCAACAACCAAAAGACGGUGGUGUUCAACUAG